CCUGAUUUUCCUGAUAGACAUAUUUUUGCAAGAUUUGCUUGUCAUGGCUAUCACUAUAUUUUCUGUAAUAAUGCAACGUUUCACUAUGAGCCUAAUUAUGAUUGCAGAUGUAAGUUCUGUGGCGAGACUUGUGAAAAAUAUCAUAUCCAAAAGUGUACAGCAAGAAAACUUACUUUGAGAGAAGCAGCGAAAAUGUGUAAAAAUUGAUUAACCUUUAGAUGUAGAGUGUUGCACGCAUAUUUUGCGUUUAAUAAACCAUUAAUUAAUUAAAAGCUUAGGUAAACAAAUUUAUUCUAAUAUACAUUUUUACUCCAAUUCUGGACAUGAAAAUCGCUCUUUUUGGCCAUUGAUAAAUGUAUAAAAACUUUGAAAAUUUUUAAAGUAUUUUAAAUUUCCUAUUUAUAGUUUAUAGAAAUUUGAAAAACUGAAAUAUUUUUAAAAUAUUCAGUUUUUACCAAGGAUUAACUCGUGGCAAUUGAUUAUUUAUCGUUUUAAGUGGAAAAGAAACAAGUCACUGAUGGCACUGAGCAACAAAAAUUUUCGCGUUUUAUGUAUAAUAUUCAGGUGUUAUGCCUGGGUCUAGGUGCGCAAUUUUCUGCCGACGAACAUGGUGAAAGCGGAAAGCGGCGGGGAAAUACACAGGAAACAUGACAAAUGUGCUUAAAUGAUGGAAGUUUCCGCUGACAAUUCAGUUCGUUUAGUGAAACACUCAAAAGCUUAAUUUGGUUGAAAUAUACCUACUGUCAAGAUGAGAAAAAUACUUCAUAUCACAAUCAUCAUUGCUGUUUCCUUGAAUUUAUUGCACGCUCCUGAAGGCAGAAAGAACAGUGGGAAAAAGCCAUUGAGAAGAAUUUACAUAGUGAGAUGUUGCGGGAAAAAAAGCUGUCUAUCGGUUGGCAAAAAUAUAAACGCGAGGAACAACAGUCUUUUUCGAAUACCGGAAACAACAGCAAAAAGCUGGGGGAAAACAACAUUUUUUACUGAAGUCCUGUCUGCAAUUGGUAACGCCGGUAUGGUGACAGAAUACACUUCUGCGAAACAGGAGCAAGUUGCUGGCGAAACUACGACCAGUGACUCACUAGAUUCCAUCAGUGUGUCUACAGAAAUCGCUAAAAGUGAAAUUCCUGAAGCGGCUACAGGUCCAACAAUCCCUCAGAAUGCAAUCAUUGAUACUUCAAAAGCUAGAGAAGAAAAUAGUACUUUGGCGGAAAAUUCAGCAGUUACAUCAAUGGCAACUGACUUUGCGAGUUCAGCGGCAGAUUCGACUUUGGAUGUUACUAGAUCUGUCUUGACGCAAACAAUCGCACUCAAUGGUCAAACAAAAUCUCCAAAAUCUACCUCUCAAUUUGAAUUGCCAGCUACUGUGAUGCUUACAACAUUGAUGCCACUAACAACCAAAUUAGCAUCAACAUCAGGGUUGUUGCCAUUAACAACAAAAGCUACUUCAACGACUACCACUACUACGUGUAAACCGAUAUGCGGUAGUAUUUCAACAGUUUCAUGUGUGUCACAGCCAGCAAAAGUGAAGCAAAUGCAGCUCAGUCAAGAUUCAACAGAGGGCAGGUUUUUGAAAUCAUGCGGUAGAAAAUAUUUCGUCAGCAACACGAAAAUAAAUCUAACGGAAGCAAAGAAAACUUGCUGUGCUCAGAAAAUGCGACUAUUGAGAAUCACGUCUACGAUUGAGCACCGAUGCGUCUCGUCUCUCAAUAAGAUUUUAAAGCAGACGGCAGUUUCCUACUGGACAGGCGGGCUAGUCGACGCAAAUUGCCGAUUUUGGUGCUCGGACAAAGGCACGAAUAUUCCCAUUGUGGACGGUUUGAAUUGGCUUCAGACAAAAACGUUACAUCAAAGUUCAGCGAACUGCCUUGUUUUUGAAAUGAACGUUGGUGACGAGAUAAAAAGUGGCUUGAAAUUUGACGACUGCUCUGCUAAGAAUUUGUUUAUUUGCGAGUCUAGACUUUUUGACACGGAUGGGAGUCUGGAAACACCUAAAAUUUACGGAUUCUGGGAGAACGGAGCAGGCGCCACCUUUCUGUAUGGAAACACGUUGGUCACUUGGAUUGAAAAUUGGAUCCAAUGCUUGACACUUGGCAUGACGCCCCUAUCGUUUGUUUCAAAGACUGAACUGGAUUUCACAUUUAACCUCUUAAAAGGUUGGGACAAGAAUUAUAACUACUGGACGGGCGGCACGCGUCACGACUUCGCUACAAAAGGUCCGAUCUGGUGUACCAGCCAGUUAGACAUCAGCUCGGUGGUGUUUCCACUCAAUGACGCCGGGAACGUCAGUCUGAUGGGGAGUCAUGACUGUGUUGGCUUCCAGAUUGAAAAAAUCACAACAAACGUGACACUAGCAUUCAGAGGAACUUUCGAAUUCAGAAACUGCAGUCACAGAAGAAUGUUUGCCUGCAGAGGCCCAAUAACCACCAAACCAACAUGCGUUAGACAGGACUGUCCCACGAAAUUAGCAAGAAACCCUUCUCUGUUCAACGAAUCCACUGGAUUUUUAAAAAAUGCACCGAGUUUCGGAGAAUGGAUAAUUAAAUGUAACAAAUUCUUCAUCAUUGCGGAUGCGACGACAGACAGGACAAAUAUAACCGUACAAUACACUUGGGACGCUGCUCGCCAGAGAUGCGAGAGUAUUGGCUUUCGACUCAUCAGUUUUGAGUCCAAGUCCAAGUUUGACUGCCUCGUCAACGUUUCCCAAAAGAACCUGGCCCCGUUCUGGACCUCAGGGGCCUACCUCGACUGCAAAAACGGGGGUAUGAGGUACGCGUGGUGCGGCAGAAACAAGUUCAUCAACAUGGAUGAAGUCAUUUGGAGCCAGGGACAGCCUCCAGAAGUCAAAAUUUCAACCUGCAUCAGCGGAGUCCUCGACGUGGAUAUCGGCGUCCAACUCCAGGCAGUUGACUGCAACUCUAAGUUGUCGUACAUUUGCGAAGCAGAGAACACGAAAGGCGAGAGUUUGGCUAACGCAAAGAAUCGGCAGUGCCAGCAGAUUUUUAACGUUACAGAGAGUGAAGUUGAUAGUCUGCUAAAAAAAUUGGAUUUUACCCCUAAUCUGAAGUGCUACAUUAAAUGCAUGGGAGAGAGUCUGGAAUUGAUCGACGUCAAUGGGGCCACUAUCGACACUGAAAUCAUCAGGCUAAUUCAAGCGGCAAUCGCAAACUCCAACGACGUGGAAAAGAGCUUUGACGUUUUCGACGUUUGCAAACAACCGACUGGCGUACUGGGCGAGUGUGAGGCAGGGGCCCGAUUAUUUAAGUGUGGAGUGGAAAAGGCACCUGCUGUCGUUGCAGCUAUGGUUGAGAAUGCCGCCACAGAUUUUCCUCCUGCUCCGUUUAUAGGAAGUGAAAAAGAUUUUUGCCCCUUUGGUUUAAUAACAUGCACACAAAAUACCACUUUGGUGAAUCAAGUUUCAAAUAAUAUUGCACCAGAUGGAGCCGGUUAUUAUUUUUCAGCGUGCGAGAGGAAGUACUUUGUUUCAAGCGAGAAAAUCGAACAUUCAGAACCAUUGGUCAAGUGCUGCGAAAUGGGCAUGACUCACGCGCAUUUUCACACCCACGAUCAGUUUAAAUGCUUCUUAGAUGCUGACGCAGUGAGAAACGCAAGGAGAGCGGGAUUUAUGUAUUCUGUAUCAGCAUACAGCACCAAAUUGUUGCCCUAUUUCACGUGGUGUCCCAGCAAGAUUCCAGUGGACAUUGCCUUUAAGUGGGGCAGUCAGGAUAGCUCCGAUUCCAAAAACUUUAAGUGCACCUACAUUACUCCCGCCUCACAAUAUGGCUUUCAGGAUGUGCUUACUGCAAAGACUUGUUCAGCAGAGAUGCAAUACAUUUGCAUGAGCAUGUAGCGAAACUUUUAGGAAACCUGAACUAAAAUUAAUUAAAGUGAACAUAUAUUAUAGACCUACC